CCCUAAACAGGUAUAUAAGACAGACUAGCCCGGUCCUGCACACAGACCCGAGUUCCAGUGAAGCUGUCAGAUCCUGAGAAGAUACACUUGCUGUUCACAUCGUGAAGAAUGGGCAGUAUUGACUCAAUACCUGUAAUUUCACAGAUAAAAAGUCUUGUUCAGGUAAUAUCCGGUGACGAGGAGGGCGCCUUAAGGACCCAGCAAAAUUUUGCAGAUACAGGGAUAAUUGCUUCACAGGUGCAAUCAUUGAUACACGCCAUCAAUGGCGAUACAAAAGCAGCGGAAGAAACACAGAAAAAAUUUGGUAAAUCUCUGGAAAGUCUUGUCGACAGUGUUCCUGUGAUUGGCCACAUUAAAGGCGCGGUACAUUACGGACUAGGAGACACUAAAAGGGGAGAUCAAAUCAUGAAGUCGUCGUCCGGAUCUUUGAUAACAGGGGUAGCUGGCAUAGCUGGUACACUAGUCGGUGGUCCAGCAGGAGGGGCUGCUGCUGCAGUUGCAGCGUCACAGCUUUACGAUGGAGUCGUUACUGGGAUAGACACUGCCGUGAAUGGAAAAACUAAAGAUGGAUCACCUCGAUACUACGGUAUUUGGCAAACAGUUGACGAUAUAGAAAAAGGAAAAGCUAAAUCUGGAGAUAUUUUUGACGCGUAUGCUGGAAUAGGAAUGGAUGCCCUGGGUGGCGCUACAAUUGGAAAAGUGGGCGGUGGAGUGAAAGGUUUCGCAAAAGCUGUGGGGAAAGAUGUACGAAAUAGCCUACCCGGAUUGGAUACAAUUACAAAAGCCGGAAAGAAUAUCUUUAGUAAGAAUCGAAAGAGUAUCUGCCGUGGCAAACGAGAUGUAGAAUCCCAUCUUACCAUAAAUGAAGUAGACUUUGCAACAGGUCAUCAGAGACUUCCGGAAAGUUUUAGUGAGGUUUUAAGGAAAGACUGGCAAAACAUGGGUGUCAAUGACACAGUAUCAAAUUUGGUCUCCAUGUUUAUUAUUCUACGAUUGGUAAUGUGGAACGACAAGCGCGGAAGGUCUUACAGCUCAGAACUUUGUUCAAUGACGUCAUCUGGCUUUGAUGAAAUUACAACAUGUCAAAUAGCAUUAGCAAACACAAUUAGGGAAAUGGAAAAUCGUUUAACAUCCGACAACGGCGGAAACGUUUCUUACAUACUGCACCCAAAUGUUACCUUUACAACUAAGAUGUCAAGCAACACAUCCGUGGUGAUGAUAAAAAGCAUGACAACUCUAUACGGAAUACUGAGCAAUAUGGCAACUGGACGAAAGAUGGGCAUUACAUGGACAUACGAACUUUGUCUAUACGAAGACCUUAACAACUUCAAACUCUGCGAAAAAGAAGUUCUAUCGAAACUUGCGGAAUUAGGUGGUAAAGCCUUCCUGUUGGGCGAACAUCGUAAACUAAGGAUACGAAGAGGCGGGGGAUGCAGAAAAACAUCAGAUGUGACUUCUGGGAGUCAUCGGGAUGUUAAAAAGUCAAAUAAGAAGAUAAACAAAGUCUUAAAGAAAGAUGAGGUAAACAAAAAGGCAAAGAUCCCCGGGGAACUUCAGUCAAAUCACAUUCCAGCGCAAUCAGCAUUUAAGAAGACAUAUCCAAAUAUACACCCUGAUGAUUUAAUAGCACAUAGACUGAACUAUGAAGUUCAUGGAAUAGCCAUGAGCCAAGUUGGAACUAGCGGAUCCAGAAAAAUAUCCAAAAAACUGCGAGCAGUCGAGGAACAUUUUAUUCAAAACAAACAAUUAGCGGAUGCCAUAAAAGUUGAUUUGAUUGCUAGUUACGGACGAGCUAAUGUUAGGCAUGCCACAGACGGGUUCCGUUCCGCUUUAAUUGAAAACGCUGCCGAUAUGCGUAAGGUUAUAGACCUCUGGGAAGAAGGGGUUCCUAACGGGGGAAAGCCACCACUACGUAUUUCUAAAAAAGAGGCACAAUCAUUACGUACAUUUCUAGAUAAUGAAAUACAAGUAUAUAACAAUUAUCCGAACCAUCAAGGCAGUCUUGCACCAGCUAAUUGGGACAAAUGGCUUGAUCGAAUGGAAAUAGCGUACGAAGGUUUGGUGGACAAAACUCAAUCCCUAGGCAAAGAUAACAUCAAAGUUGAACAAGACAGGCGAAAUUUCGGUUGAAAUUCAUAAAUGUUCAGUGUCGUACAACUUUGUAUAUACAAUAAUACUCAUUAUUUUUUACGUUAUACCUGCUCUUGCUUUUCACCUAAAUGCCACACUAUAAUAAAAUUACUGUAAAAUCAUAAAUAUUCGAGUGGGAUUAAAUUUCGCUCUUUUCUUGGGUCAACGAAAUCCACCAAAUUAAAUCUUAUUGAUUUUUUUUUAUUUUAUUUACAUAUACUUAUGUUGGAUGGGACACUUUUCCACGAUAUAUUAUGCAUACCAAUUACUAUUUAGUGUAAAAACUACGAAAUUUUAACCCCAUCAAAUUAAACGAUUAUACAGUAUGAAAAAGUCGUACGCGGUGGUUUUAACAAGUUUAACUAUUAAGCUUAUUGAAUAAAAAACAAAAAAAGGAAAUUGAAUAAUUAAAUAACUUGAGUUAAAUACGACUCUUAGUUGUUUUUGUUAUAAAACAGCUACAGUAUAAAUUGAUUUUCAUCGGAUGCUUAUAAAAAUCAGUUAAAAAAGAAAUGUAUUGAACCUCUGCUGGAUUUGCUAUGCUAUCUAAGGAUAAAUUAUGUGUAUCCAACAUGAUAUCAGAAAUAAUCUUGAAACUUCCUUUAUUUCACGUCAAUGUCAGAAAUGAUACUGAAUUAUGCUUAAACAUAUCUUACCACCUGGUAAAUACUCUAGGAAAUAAAACAAAUUGUGUGUGUGUUUAAAAUGGCACAACGUGUUAGCAAUGUAUCCAAUUCCAUAUAAAUGUGCAUAAGUAUGUGGAAAGAAAUAACUUCCGCAUUCAUUUUUUUUUUUAUUAAAUUUGAGCCACUAAUUAGGAAAAAGUACAACCCAAUUAUAAAAUACUCAUGCAAAAGUUGCCUUUAAUUAAACAUGGUAUUA